UUUGAGUUGUUUGUUUACUUUUUCUGUUUUUCUGUUUUGUUCAAUUAUCAUAUUUCAUUCGUCAUCAUUGUUCAUAUGUGGGAAUAUUCAUUAACCUGGUUAAUUGUAUUGUUUCUAAUCAAUCUUGUUUCAUUAUCUAUUGCUUGGAAUAUUUAUGGUUCUCGUAUCAAUGUUCUUAUUGAUCGUAAAGAAGAAAAGGAUUUAAUUUUCGAUCAACUUCGUAAAGAGGCAUUGGAAUUAAAGCUACCGAAAGAACAUACACCAAGAAUCUGAAUCAUGCAGAAAAUUAAAGAUUUAUUUAACAAGAAAAAAGGUGAUCUAACAUUCAAAAAGGCUGGACCUGGCUAUCGUCUCAAUGAUAAUGCAUCACAAAGGCCUACUUCAUCCACAUCAUCAUCGGGUAUGGGACGAAUAUUAGGUUCAGGUCAAUCAAUUCAAUCGAAUGAAUCACAACCAAAACGUCAUGGUGGUCCAGAUGAAAAUGUAGCUAAAGCUACAUUAGCUCGUCUGGAAACAAGACCAAAUUCGACAACAACAACAACCAGUGUAAAUAAAUCUACACUAUACGAUAUAAUGGCCGAAGAGAAACAAAAAUUUGAAAAAGAAUUAAAAAUGAAAGAUGAUAUGGAAGAGAAACGUCGUCUUCAACAACAACAACAACAGGAACAAUUGAAACAAAUGGAAAAUCCUUUCAAAGAAUUUGAAGAAGCACAACGAUUCACUUGUCAAACUUUGGAUAUAAAUGAUUCGAUUCCAUUCAAAGAUAUUAUCCGACAAAUUAAAUCAUCCAUCUAUGAUAAUUUUACUGAUGAUCCUGUUCUUCGAUCAGCUAUGAUUGUAUUCAAUUGUAAUCGAUCUAUCGAUGAUGGUCCUAACAACGGUGGCCGCAAUGUUCGAUUACAAAAUUGUUUGGAUAUUUUGUUGAAAAUUGUAUCAAAUCUAUUGAAUGCCGAAAAUAAUGAACAGCUAGAAAAAUUUAAACGUGUACGACGAUCUAAAAUUGAACAAAAAGUUCUCAGCCUAGAUGGUACAUUGGAUUUUAUGUUUGCCAUUGGUUUCACCAUUGAUGAUAAAGAUUCUGAUUGGCUAGUCUACGUAAAUGAUGAUGAUGAAGCUGGAAGAAAAGCUAAAAUGACCUAUCUAAAAGAUUUGAUUUCCAAUCCACAAAUCAUUCCGAUCGAAUUGGAUAGACAGGUUAAACUGAUCGAUCAAUCGAUACCAGUAGAUGUUGAAUCAGAUGAUCAAAUAACAUCGGCUAAUAUAAAAGAAUAUCAUUCGAAUCUUGAACGAACACGUCAAAUUGAAGAAAUGUUCAUCAGUCGAGAAACAAAAGCCAAACUUUUAGUUACGAAUCCAAAUCUAAGCAAUUAUCGUUCGAUAUUUACAAAGCUUCGAUUUAAAUUUGAGCUAACUGGUGAAAUGCAAUUAAUUGAAGCAGUGUUUUAUUCACAAGAAACAUUGGCCGAUGUAAAAAAAUGGUUUCUAGAACAAUAUGGUAAUGUAUGUGAUGGUCAAUCCGUUCAAUUCAAACAAGGUCUAUCAUUAUUGACCAAUGAAAAUGAUACAUUGGAUACAUUGAAAUUAUCACCUGCAUCAACAUUGUUGGCCGUUGUUGUUCAUUAAUUUAAUAAUUGAAAAAAAACAAAUACAAUAAAUGCAAUCAAAAUAAAAUUUUUCAUUUUAAAAUAUAUAAUAAUAACUGUAAUUUUGUUUGUUUCGAAAUUUAGCAUUAUCAUCGAAAGCGGAAGUUUAGUAAAUACCAAACCUAAUGCUACAAUUGUUGGCAUGUCUGUUUUUGUCAUCAAUUAAAUAUUAACAUAUAUUGUAUAUAUCCA